UUUGCAGAACUGCGCUGCUGUUUUAAAACUUUACCUCUCCUUCCUCCUCUAACCAAAACACAGCGCUGCCAGCUCUCAUUGGUUAGGCGGUGGAUAUAGGGAGCUGCGCGCUGAUUGGUCGCCUCCUCCUCAUUGUCAUGCUGUCAAUCCACAUCACAUGGUUCGGCCACUAGGCCUAUUAACAGAUGAGCUUGGCGAACAAGUUUUCAGACUUCUGUUUCAGAGCCGAGGGGGACAGAGCAGCUGUAAACGGAAAGAAACCAGAAGCACCUGCAGACACAUUUGCCUCUUUGGGCAGAACUUUUUUUCCAAUCUUCUUAUGAGACUGGUCAGUAGCUCUACCUCUUUGACUUUUGGUGGUGUUUUGUGAACUUUUUUUUUUUUUUUUUUAAAUGUGCCUGUGAGUGAACACUUAAAGUCGCCCGAAUGUAUAACAUGAUGGAAACCGAGCUCAAGACCCCGCUCCCGCAGUCCAACUCGGGCUCGGCGCCGGGCGCAAAGAACAACAGUGUCAGCGACCAGGAGCGGGUGAAACGGCCGAUGAACGCCUUCAUGGUCUGGUCUCGGGGACAGCGGAGGAAGAUGGCACAAGAAAAUCCCAAAAUGCACAACUCUGAAAUCAGCAAGCGGCUUGGUGCUGACUGGAAACUUCUGACCGACGCUGAAAAGAGACCAUUCAUCGACGAGGCCAAGCGUCUGCGCGCUAUGCACAUGAAGGAGCAUCCGGAUUAUAAAUACCGUCCCCGCAGGAAGACCAAGACCUUGCUCAAGAAAGACAAGUAUUCUUUGCCCGGGGGACUGUUGGCGCCAGGAGCCAAUGCCGUCAACAACUCGGUGUCGGUGGGGCAGAGGAUGGACGGCUAUGCGCACAUGAACGGGUGGACAAACAGCGCGUACUCCCUCAUGCAGGACCAGUUGGCCUACCCUCAGCAUCACAGCAUGAACAGCCCCCAGAUUCAGCAGAUGCACCGAUACGAGAUGGCAGGGCUCCAGUACCCGAUGAUGUCCUCGGCACAGACCUACAUGAAUGCGGCUUCCACGUACAGCAUGUCUCCAGCUUACACGCAGCAGACCACCAGCGCCAUGGGACUGAGCUCCAUGGCGUCCGUGUGCAAGACCGAGCCGAGCUCACCGCCGCCGGCCAUCACGUCCCACUCUCAAAGGGCGUGUUUGGGGGACCUGAGGGAUAUGAUAAGCAUGUACCUGCCUCCCGGUGGGGACAGCGCAGAGCAUUCCUCCCUGCAGAGCAGCCGGUUACACAGCGUCCAUCCGCACUAUCAGACCGCAGGGACUGGCGUCAAUGGGACGCUACCUCUCACCCACAUCUGAGAGCAACAGAAAGAAAAGACUUCAAACUUUAAAAAAAAAAAAAGUACUUGGAUACUUGAACUUUUUGGUUGCUAAAGAAACAACGUUCAUCAGUUUUGUUCAAAAACAAUUUUAUCUCAAUAUGUUUUGAGUUGUCCAUUUAAAAAAAAGAAAAAAAAAGAAAAAGCAUUUUAAAUGGACCGAAACUGAACGUUGAGUCCAUCAGAGUAAAUUGCAUUGCAAAGAGGCUUUUUAUCACAAGCAUAAGCAAUCAACUUAUGUAGAAGAAUCGGACUUCUAUAUUUUAAAUAAUGCCAUAUUUUCUCUCUAUGAAAAGGCAUGUGGCCUCAUGAAGAGGCUGGUGUAUUUCAGAAAAGCUGGAUGGAAAGUUGGUUCAUAAAUGUUUACACUUAAUUUGUAGAAUGUCAGUUGUCUCGACUGUGUCCAAAUUUGUAGUCUCUCUCUCUCUCUCUCUCCCUCUCUCUCUCCCUCUCUCUCUCUCUCUUUCUUUUUUCCUCCCCCCUCAUGAUCUAGGUUAAAAUAUGUUAAGACUGUGCGGGUCGCAAACGCAAGUUUUAUUUAUAGUAAGAUUUUGUUUUUCUUUUUUUUUUAGCUUGUGAACCCGAUGUUCUUGUCACGUGAAAUGUUCAAAUUUUGUUUUGUAAAAUGUUCUGUUCUGUGAUGGUUUUUGACAGUGUCAUGUUUACUCAUUAUUCUGAACGAAAAGGUUUAUUUAAACUGACGUUUCUACAUAUUUUAAGACCAUCCUCUAUUCUUAAAUGCUGAAUAAAUUUGUACGAAACAUGA